GAUCGUCACUUUAGAUCAUUCACUUCACUCUUUUGCUUUCGCGUUCUCGUAGAGCCAUGUCUUUUAUCCGGUCAGCAACAUUCGACGACACGCGACAUAGUUCUUAAUUCUCUUGAUCAGGUUGGCGUUGUGCGUUGUGGGGGUGUAUUCAAUGUUCCUGCUAUGGGCUGUUUCUCAAGAACGACUGUCUGUUCCCUUCGUCUCCAUCGACGGCAAGUCGGAGAAAUUCAAGUCGGCAAUGUUCAUCGGCACCUUACAGAGCACCUUGAGUUCUGUGUCGGCUCUCAUAUAUAUCUUGAUCCGCCGGAACUCGAGCGAGACCUUGAUGCAGAGUCUUGGUCUCGAGCAUGUAGAGAAGCUCGACGAAAAAGCCAACGGACACGCCCAUUCUAAACAUCCCGACAAGCCUUCCACCCGUUUCUCGCGCUCCGCGCUGCUCGUUCGUUACCUCCAAUGCUCGGUGUUCAUCACGCUCGCUGCACCGUUCGGAUUCGCGGCGCUCUCCUACAUCUCUUACCCCGCCAUGGUGCUUGGCAAGUCGUGCAAACUGGUUCCAGUUAUGAUCAUGAACGUUCUGCUGUAUCGCCGCAAAUUUGCUCCACACAAAUACCUGGUCGUCUUCAUGGUGACACUGGGCAUCACCAUAUUCAUGUACCUUGGUCCAUCCAAAACUUCCAAGGCAAAGGCGGGCCCAUCUUCGAACGCCAGCUUGAUCGGGCUUUCGUACCUUCUCAUCAAUCUCGCACUGGACGGCGCGACCAACUCGACUCAGGACGAGAUUUUCGCGCGCCAUCGUGUUACGGGGCAGCAGAUGAUGUUCUGGAUCAAUGUGUUCUGCACAAUCCUUACAACCGUCUUUUCGGCUCUCCCCUUGCCGUACAUUCCUGUCAUUCACCCAACGGAUGCAGGGAGCGAGCUGGCCUCGGCUCUGGAAUUCGUACGGACACACCCCAGCAUCGUCUCACCGCUGUUGCAGUUUGCACUGACAGGUGCUCUCGGGCAACUGUUCAUAUUCGAAACCUUGCAGCACUUUGGGUCCCUCACACUUGUGACAAUCACAUUGACUCGCAAGAUGUUCACAAUGAUUCUCUCCGUGGUUGUCUACAACCAUAAACUGACAGCCGGUCAAUGGCUCGGAGCGGGCGUCGUUUUUGCAGGAAUAUCAGUGGAAGCCCUGGUCAAGCGGAAACACGUCCACGUAAAACGCGUUGUUUCCGAGAAGGAGACUGCCAAGAUCAAGUCCCUAUGAUUCCACCCCAUUAGAAUUUGGAUACAUACUACAGAAAGCAACUGAACAGGGAAAGCGUCGGCUAUGAGAGUUCCAUCGCAUUCGAAUCGAACGCCGGGGUAGGAGCAGCAGCGGGGUCAACGAGAACGCGUUUGCGAUCGUCAUAUCUGCAGCUCUUACGCUCAAUAUCUGGGUGACACUCGUCAGGUUUGCAAUACGCACCGAUCACUACCAUCCUCGUCAUCUUCGUCCUCCCGCUUCCUGCGAGACACGACACGGUUCCCACUGGUCGGAUAUGAUGCCACUGCUAUGCUCGCUCGAUAGAUAGCUUCGUAUUCCUGGAGUCGAAUGAGUAUUCAGAUAAGCCGAUUUCAAUCAUUGAGUUAUCGCCACCUUGAGCUGGGUCAAAAAUCCG